AUGUCUUCAUCUGGAUCAAUUUCUUCAGAUAUUAAACCUGUUGAAGCUAGUAGUGAAAUAGAAAAUGUUGAACCAUAUAAAACAUGUACCAUAACUGGUGAUGGUAAUGAAUUUGUUAUUAUUGGAAAUCAUAAAUAUUAUCGACAUGAAUUAAUGCAAGCAUUUGGUGGUACUUUUAAUCCGGGACUUUCCCCAUAUCCUAAACAUAAUUUUGGUAAUCCUGCUGCUAUUGGAUUAGUUGCUACAAGUAUGAAUAUUUUUAUAUUAGGAUUAUUUUUCGCUCAUGCUCAAGGUAUACAUAUACCUAAUGUUGCCGUUGGGUUAUUUGUAUUUAUGGGAGGAUUAGUUCAAUUUUUAGCGGGAAUAUGGGGGUUUUUCAUUGGUUCACAAGUAGGAACAUUUAUACUUACUGUUUUCACUUCAUAUGGAGCAUUUUGGUUAAGUUUUGGAGCAAUUUUCAUCCCAGCUUUUGGUAUUAGUGAAGCUUAUGCUGAUCAUCCAGAACAAUUAAAUCAAGGAAUAGGAUUAAUGUCAGUAGGAUGGGCAAUAUUUACCACCAUGUUAGUAAUGUGUGUUAUGAAAUCUACAUUGUCAUUCUUUUGGGCGUUGUUUACAUUAGAUUUAACCAUUAUUCUUUUAGCGGUGGGGUUUUUGUUAGAUAGUGAUAAAGUUAAAAUAGCAGGUGGGAUUAUGGGAGUUAUUAAUACAUUUGCAGGUUGGUUUGAGGCAUUUGCAGGUGUAGCCAACGAGCAUAAUUCAUAUUUGGUUCCUAAAGAAAUCCCUUUGCCAGAUCUCUCACUUUGGUUUAAACGUAAAAAGACUGACCAUCAUCAUACGUCAGAAUAG